AUGGCGGGUGUCAAUCAUGCGCCGCUCCCUUUGUCCGCGGCCGAUGGCUUGCAGGGUCGCAAACGGAAUGUCACCAUUGCGGGGAUUGACAGCUCCCCGGGGAGUAUUGAGGAUGCGGAGGAUAACGACCGAGAUGAUAAGAGACGACAGCCAGUAAAACGGGCUUGUAAUGAAUGUCGACAGCAGAAGCUUCGAUGCGAUGUCAGCCAAGAUCCCUGGGUCGAUUGUUCCCGAUGUCGUCGACUAAAACUCAGUUGCAAAAUCGAAACCACUUUCAAGCGAGUUGGGAAGCGCAGUCGCAAUGCCGAGAUGGAACGAGAGAUCAUCGAAUUGAGGAAACAAAUUGCCGGCGUCAAUUCUGGCCCUGUCAUGCACCAGCAACAACCAAUUCAGGUGGGCCAAUUAACACCGAAACAGGAAUCUAGUCAGGUCAGCCCUGCGGGUGUCUAUCAGACCCAGACCCCAUCAGCCAUAUCAACAGACCAAUACAUGGGCUCGCAGGAAGCAGUCGCAUCGCUGCUGGAUCUUCGCUCGGGCUACGAUGGCUCCAGCUUUAUGAGAAAUGGGAACCAGCAGUUCAAACGCAUCGAGGAUGUCAUGGUCAUCCCGGAGAAAGUGACGGAGCUCUUUAAUCUGUUCUUCACGUACUACCAUCCGUUUCUCCCGUUCUUGGAUCGGCAACAACCGCCUGACGAAUAUUACAAUAACUCGCCUUUACUAUUCUGGACGAUGAUCAGCGUUGGUGCCAGACGCUAUCAGGGUGAUUCAAGUCUGUUGACUUCUCUGUCAGGGCCAGUCACGCGUCUCGUGUGGAGUACCUUGGCGGAUAUACCACAAAGCUACCAUGUUGUUAAAGCGCUUUGCCUACUUUGUUCAUGGCCAUUUCCCACCAGCAGCACAUCGACAGAUCCAACCUUCAUGCUCUGCGGAAUGAUGGUCCAGGUAGCCAUGCAGCUUGGUCUCCAUCGACCAUCUCAUAGCCAGGAUUUCAGCAAGUUCCGUGUGGAGCUUAUUGAGGAGGAAUUGAAAGACAAAGUGCGGACCUGGGCUAUUUGUAACAUUGUGGCACAACGAGUUUCCACUGGUUAUGGUCAACCUCCUUCUACACUUUAUGACUGGACUUUGUCAUCGAGUGAUUCGUUAGAUCCCAACUUUAAAUUGUCCGGUGAUAUGAAGUCGAGAUUAGAGGUUGAGAAAUUCUGCGACAGAAUCACUCGAGCUCUUUACACCAAUCGACGAGACCCUGUUGGGUUGACUAGUGACCAAGAGCGAAAUACGAUGAUCUCAUUUCUUUCGCGUGAUUUUGACGAGCUGGAUGAACAAUUCAAACCGCAAAAUGAUUGCAUUACCAAUCUGUAUCUCCGCGCUGCAAACCUCCAUCUGCAUCUGUCGGCCUUCUUUGACGAUCCUGCUACAAAGGACUAUCGUGAACGUCUGCUCUCCUUAUACGUUGCCACCACUUCUUUCCUCGAGACCGCCAUGAACCUCGAGACGGACGUCGGUCCCGUCCUCUCAUAUACUCCUAACUACGUUUACCAGAUGAUGGUUGCAGCAGGCUGUACCCUUCUUAAAAUGAGUAAGAGUUUUUUUGCUGCUCACAUCGACAUGGAAUAUACCAAAAGUUUGUUCAACCGGACUAUCUGGGCCAUCCGCAGCGUAUCCGCUUCGAGCAACGACCUUCCUGAACGUCUAGCAGAAGUGCUUGCUCAGAUGUGGCGGCUUGGAGCUCAGCGAUCCGCAGCGAGCAAUCCCGACGUUGAUGACUCUCUACGACUGAAAGUUCGGUGCCGUAUGAGCAUGUCUCUCCUCUUCGAUUCAGUAUGGAGAUGGCGGGAGGAUGCGCGGACCAGGGGACGAAACAUUGAAGCCUACCUCAAGAACCCGACCAACCCGGAUUCUGCGGCCGAUUCAUCAGUUGCGUCAUCCGUAGGCCUUCCCCGCACUUCAUCAUCCACACCUGGUCUUGCUGGAGGGGAUCCGAGUCUCGCGCCAGCGCCAAUCCUCUCCCAAGCCGACAUCGGGGUUCAACCAAACAAUGGCGUCGGUGGACUCCCAAGUGGCUUCAUGGAACCGAACUACGAAGUCUUCGAUCCUUUGAACUGGCUUCUUGACGGUCUAGUGGACCUACCAUAUUCAUAUUCGACCAUGGGAGGGAUGGAAACGCCGGGAAUUGCAUGA